GAAAAGGGCCGAAGAUGUGGAUUACCCUAACCUGCGAUCAGGCUCUCGAAAGUGGAAGGCUUAUCCUGAAAAACAGGAAUGUGUCAUACUUUCAUGGAAUAUCACAAAUAUAUUUCAUAUUUGAGCAAGUUUUAGCAUUUAAAUUUUCCACAAGUGUAAUUUAAAAACAGUCAAAUGGCAACUUUAGAUGCUUGAGUGUUUUCAGGUGCAGAAAAUAGCAUCUUUUAAAUUUUAAUUUUUUAUUUCAUUUUAAAAGUUUAAGGAAUUUUUGAGCAAAGUAAGGAAUUUCAGAGCUCUUGCAGAGGAAUUCUCCAAUUUAGUAUUUUUGUGAAAAUAUUUUCGAAGAACUGAAGAACACCAAAUAAUGGCUACAAAACCUGAGGGAAAAGCUGACAAUUUCAGGCGAACUUGGGACACAGACGAGUACGAAAAGCUAGCUAAGGAAAGGCUUGAAAAUGAGGACGAAGAACCAGCGCCUAAGAGGUCUAACGUGCCUAUAAAACGCGAGCUUCUGAAACCACGCGAACACGAAGUUGAUUUAGACUCAACUCUGGGUAAAUCUGUCGUUAUCACAAAAAGCACACCGACAUCACAGCAAGGCGGAUAUUUUUGCAAUGUCUGCGACUGUAUUGUGAAGGAUUCGAUAAAUUUUUUGGAUCAUAUAAAUGGAAAGAAACAUCAGAGGAAUUUGGGUAUGAGCAUGAGGGUUGAGAGGUCGUCCUUGGACCAAGUGAAAAAAAGAUUUGAACUGAACAAGAGGAAACAAGAGGAAGAGAAGAAGAAGAAGGAUUAUGAUUUUGAGGCGAGGAUGACCGAGCUGAAAGAAGAGGUGGGUAUUGGAGGCGGUUAAUCGAAAAAACCAUAGGCAGCCCAAUGUUCGUAUAAACAAAAUAUUUGUUGCCUGCGCACGGGCAAGGCAUAAUAGUUUAUGCCUCACCUGUGCGCAUGCAAUAAGAAUUUUGUUACGACCAAUUGACCAUAACAUUGGGCUGCCUAUGGAAAAACUGGAACAACCGAGGUUUUCUUGAAAACUGAUUCAAUUGAUGUUGUCUAGGCAAAAACAGGAAAACAUUUGUAGCUCAGUUGGUAGAGCAUUGGACUAGUAUCCGAUUCCCACCAUGGUCAGGCAAACUUUUCAGCUUGCCCGGUGUGGAUGCACACUCAGAGUAACACCAGGGGCGCACAUUAGGGGGGGGGGGGGUGUGUGACACCCCCAUGUUUUGUGAAAUGUAUCUAAAAAGUCGGUCCCAAAACCUGAAUGGGACGAAAAAGUCGGUCCGGCUAAAAUCUGAAAGAUAUUAUCAUUUUGUGUCGAAAAAAGUAAUAGGUGGACAUUCUGGAAAUGGAAGUUGCAUAAACAUAAGAAAAACGAAUUAGACAAAGAAAAACAAAUUAGAUAUACACAAAUUAGAGUUCACUGACACAAACCAAGAGAGCAAAUAAUCAACUUCCAUGUUGCAACAGUUCAACCGACGUAAUGCGAUCCGAUUACCUCGAGCCCCCGCAGUGCAGUUAAAAUGUGCAUUGUUAGUCUUGUCGUAAAAGCUGAAACUUUGGAAGGCAGAAGUAAAUCAGCGGCGUAGCCAAGAUGGGGGCUCAGGGGCUCUGCAAUGGGCAUAAGGACUGCCCUUGUGGAAAGCUGAAAUCCGGGCAGAAAUUGGUGUGGGGUACGAUGUGUGAAUAAUGAUACCCAUCUCUUCUGUUUGCCAAUAAAAGUUGAAGUCUUCCGGUCUUCCCUACCUAGAAUCCUAACUCCAGUAAAAAAUGCCUAUAUGGUUGCUUUAAAGCACAUUUGAACUUGAACUUGCGCUCAAAGCAACACUCAUGACCGACUUCUACAAAAACGAAGACAUGAUGCUAUUUUGCUGUUGUAUUUGCGUAUACAAUACCUUGUUUUACAUAAACAGUUUUUCGAUCUAACAACAUUAGGCGGCUUAAAAAUGCCUUUUUGUGGUUGUAACUUCUCUUCAAACCUCGUCCUAAAAUACGUGAAAUAGCGUUCUUUUGAAUCUAGAAAUUCAAAAUUUUCCUCGCGCCUACGGCGCUUGCACUCGAAAUCCUUAAAAAUUUUGUCCCCCCUCCGAAAGUUUAGACCACUGCAAAAAUUCUGAAAAACUGAACGUUUAUUUAAACUCUUGGAAUAUUGGAAUACUAUCCCCGUCUCACCGUCUAUAUGCGCUUUAAAUAGUUGGCUUUUCUUACCAAACACAAAUACUACAAAAGUCGGUCCCAGAACAUAGGACACCCCCCCAAAUUUUUUUCGAAUGUGCGCCCCUGAGUAACACCACAAACAUCAUAUUCACCUGAGUACAUAACACCAACACUAACAAAAAGUAAUAGAACAAUUUUGUUAUGCUGUACACAGGAGGAACGUCAGAGGGAGAAGAGAAAGGAAGCGAGAAAACAAAAGAAAAGAAAAUUAGAACCAGAGGGUGACAUUGAUCCAGAAAUGGCAGCAAUGAUGGGCUUCUCUGGCUUUGGAGGAAGCAAAAAAUGAUACAGGAAUGAUUGUAUGUCUUCGGGAGAAACUCAGGGCUACCAAAGGACCUUAUGGCCAUUUUGUAAUAGACAUGUAGACAAAUGUGGAAGACCAUUCUACCAUUUGAUGCUUAAUGAGAAUGCCAAGUUUACUGUAUGCUGGUUAAAGGCCCAUUUACACUUGCAAUUUUAGGUGUGAUUUUUUGUCUUCUGACAAUGUGAAUGAGUGAAUGCAUGGGUUACGAAUGUUCAGAUGAGGGUGCAAUCCAGUGCAUAUAUUCAGAACAUUCAUAACUCAGCUAGUUGUUUGCAUCCAUCAGAAGACGGAAAUCGCAUUAGAAAUUCGCAGAGGCCUUAAGAGAGUUUUAGGAUGUGAAAUUGUGUAUAGGACUGAACGACGAAGCAUGGCAAAGUAGUUAAGAAUAAAAUACUUUGACAAACUUGUUGUAAAUUAUUAUUAUGAAAGUACAGUCUGUGUUGAAAUGAAAAUAAUAAACUCAUUGUUUGAAUACUAC